UUGUGGUCAGAUUCAGAGUUUUCAGGAUAAUCACUUCUCACAAAAAUAAAUGGUGCUAUGUUUAGUUCCUUUCGAUGAAACUGGCUACUGUUAAUCCAAGAAUGGAUUUCAACAUGGAACCACUACCAAUGUCCAAGGAUAUGUUCCACUCUCGUGGCUCGUUGUACUCACCGUGUCCAUCUCCAUGUGGGAACGAUCCGCCUUUCCAGCCUAGCAAUGGGAGAAACAAACGGAUUCAAAUGGACAACUUUGGUGCCUCUCAAGUUUCUUCGUUUUGGGAAGACGAACUGCAUAGCGUUGUGCAGAUGGGAUUCGGACCAGGCCAGAUGCAAAACUUUCAAGUUAAUAUGUGCAGGGAUUCUUCCCAAAGCUCAAAUGAAAGUUGAGCUAUGAUGGACUCAUUUUCAUAUACUACCAUUCUUGAUUUCUAUUCAAUUUGAAGACCCAAGUGAGAGUGGCUUCUGUACAUAGCCUUUUCAAGCUAUAGAAGUGGUGACAGAAAAUGGAGCCUUCCCCUUCAUUGCUUCUUGCUCUGUAUUUUGAUAUGAUUAUCAAUUUUUUGGGGAAAAAAGUAUCCACAACAAAACUAGUUAGUAGUACUACUAGACGAUGAAGGGACAAUUAUCAUGUUAGAAUUUUUUUUUAACAAUAUUCUUCCUUUUCUCCUUGUGGAUAUUCAUAUUAAUCAUUUAUCU